AUGCCUUUUCGUAUUGUUAUUGUCGGUGGUGGUAUCGCUGGAUUCACGGCGGCAAUUGCUCUGCGCGGGCCAGACAGAAUCAUCACGGUUCUGGAGCAGUCGAGAUUGAACAAGGAGAUUGGAGCCCUGAUUUCUCUUCAGCCCAACGCAUCGCGGAUUGUUGAGAGUAUUUGGGGGCUGAAAGAAGAGUUGCAUGGUGAUGCCCGUGCCAUCGUAGAUGAGGGUUUCCGAAUUUACAACACCGACGGCCGGUUGGUGAAUACGGUCCCCUUGUUAUCGAAGAAGGAGUAUGGGGGUGAUCGACUUUGCUUUCACAGGCGAGAUCUUCACGAUACGUUGAAAAAAGCAGCAGUGUCCCCCGAUCGCGAAGGAGACCCGGUUGUCGUUCGAACUGCUUCGAAAGUUGUUGAAUGCGAUCCUUCGAAAGGAACAGUCACCCUAGAAAGUGGUGAAAUUGUUACCGGUGACUUGAUUAUCGGAGCAGAUGGAAUACAUAGCGCAAUGCGGAAGCAUGUACUUGAUGCUGAGCCAUCGGCUCUACCGACAGGUCAUUCUGUCCUGGAAAAGGAAGAGCCCGAGUUCUGCUCCAAGAUCAACCCUCGAGAUCCGUUCACCUCCAUGAUGGUUGCCCAGAACUGCCGUCUUGUCAUGGGUCCGGGUAGAAAUGGAGAGGUAUAUGGAAUUGUUGCUUUGGUUCCAGAUGAACAAAUGAAUGAGGACCCAAAUGCAAAGCAAUCUUGGGUUGCCGAGGGCGAAUUGUCGAAGAUGCUUGCGACAUUCUCCGAGUAUCCGUCCUGGGUAACAAGUAUCUUCAAGCAUUCUCAAGACCUUGGACUGUGGCAGCUUCGUGACUUAGACCCCCUCGAAAAAUGGCAUAAUGACCGUUUGAUUCUGAUUGGUGAUGCUGCCCACGCCAUGUUACCAACUCAGGGGCAGGGAGCCAGUCAGGCGAUUGAGGACGCGGAGGCAUUGGGCUCGUUCUUCGAAAACAUUACAGAUUCUCCGUCGUCAGAAAAUAUUUCCAAGAUCUUUGAAGAAAUCUUCCAGGCUCGCUACUCACGAGUCAGCCUCAUUCAGGCCUACAGUCGACAGGCGGCCAAGCCAGCUACUGCCACCGAUGACACCAAGAAAGUCACCAUGUACCCCGCAACGUUGCGCAUCAUCGGUGUCCCCAUUGCGACAAGGCGUAUGAACGGCCUGACCAUCUUGCGCGACACUUGGACUCUCCUAAUUGGGAUUAGGGAUGUUUUGCAGCGUCAUCAGGCAGUCCACGAGCGAGAUACUACUGAAGGAAAGCCAUCACAACGGCGGGCGAAAGAGCGCGCUGUCCAGGCUUGUGAGGCUUGUGCAAGUGCAAAGUUGAGUUGCGAUAAUGAAAGACCUUGCAAGGUACGAGUCAGAGAAUACUAUUUAUCCAGAUUUAAAUAUUCAUCAGAAUUAAUUUUGGUACCCUUUCAGCGGUGUCAAACAAAACAGAUCGAAUGCGUCGCACGCGUACCUAGAGGCGCGCGUCGAAACAGCGAACGAAUUUCCUAUCCAAUGUCCAUCUCUUAUUCUCCACAGACCAGCGGUCACAGUCAAAUAGAUCCAUCUACUCUUCCACCAUUCACCGCAACGCCAGAUUCCGGCCCUUCAGAUUUCAGCGUGCCACCCGCAUCUGCCUCCUAUUCGGGCAGCGCCGAUAUUUACGACACGAGUAUGACAUCGCAGACGGAUUUAACAAUUGACACAUUUAUCCCGCAGAAUGAAAUGCAUUCCUAUUCUAAUCUCAACAACUUUCCCGCAUUUUUUGAACAGGUCAUGUUGCCCAAUAUUGGGGCGGAGGACUCUUUCCAAGACACCCAACAGCCGAGGGCGUUUGACUUUAUGCAGGACACCGAUUUCACCCUGGCGGAAUACGAUAUAUUUGGGACCGAUUUCAUUCCUGAUUUGGACCGCAUUUUAGACACAACUGCUCCUUUAGUUGGAUUUGAGGACUCGCGAGAGCCUUUGCUCGAUGAUCAGGAAUCCGCGCGUCUACGCGCAGCCGCGUUUCAACGGUCGUUGUGGUUAUGGGUCCCAGAAAAAAACCAACACGCGUUCAGCGACGAAACAAGGAUACCCCUUCGAGACAGUGACAGCAUUCCUUCCAAACACCAAGAUCGUCUGGAAACUCUCAAGAUCCCGGGAAAUCUAUCUCUUUUAGCACGCGAUGAUAUUUUCAAAUUGGUUAUUCGCAUUGGUGGGUCUCGAGUUUCUGUUGCAGCGUUCCCCUCGGCGGAUUAUCUCGAUACCCUGAUCAAAGUUGGAAUUGGCAAGCGUACUGAGACAGACGCAUGGAUUCACCCAUAUACCUUUUAUGAUUCGCAGUAUCAACAAUUACGACCGGAGCUUUUGACGGCGUUGGUUGCUGCAGGCUGCGUUUGUUGUGGAUUACCCUCAAUCAGUAAGACGGGAAUUAUUCUCCAAGAAAUCAGCAGAGUCGGUCUGGCAGAACUAGUCGAGGAUGAUAACAGUGUCCUGCGGGAUUUACAAUACCUCCAGGCUUCGAUGUUAUGGAUUGAUAUUGGGAUAUUCUGUGGCUAUACUCGUAAAAUGCAAAUAGCAGAGAGUUAUCUGCAGCCGCUAUGCACGGCCCUUCGACGCGCCUUGAUAUUUGAUCAAUCCAGUUAUUCCACCAUCACACCAUUCUGUCUCGGCGACGACGACGCAGCACUACAGCGCGCAUGGCAUAGUUGGGUGCGACAAGAGUCUCUCAAACGCCUCGUCUAUCACCUCUUUGGCCACGACGUUGAGGUAGCAACGGCAAUGAAUCGACCAGCUCUAACAUCCUACGCUGAACUUACCCUCCCAUUCCCCGCUGCACGAGAGUUAUGGCUCGCUCCAACUGCAUCCGCUUGGAGGGAAAUAUGGACAAGUCGUUACAGGAUAAUGAAAAUUUCAGAACUAAAUUUGCGCGACCUACUUUCCGACCCGUCCCUCAUCAAUCAUAUACCACCCGAACUCGAUGCCGAAAUUGCUAGAACAGCCCUUCUAAACGGCCUUGCAAUUCAAACCUGGGAAUUCCGUCAGCAGAUGCUGCUCUCGCAGGGCUCUCAAUCUGGUCCAAAGGCGACAACACGCCUCUGGCUACAGAGCCGACAGGAAGACUUAUACACAACCCUCCACACAAUCCAAAACGACACUCCAUGUCCACCCCCCGUAACAACCCUCCUCAACGAGUUUGUCAUGAUGUAUCUCCACAUCGACGUGGACGGUAUACAGCGAUUUGUCGGCAAACUGGGGGAAACCGACGCCCGGCGCGCCUACCCAGCCCUACGAGACUGGAGCCAGACAAAAGAAGCCCGAACUGCAAUCUGGCACGCGGGCCAAGUCUUCCGUGCCGCGCGCAAUGUUAUCGCCUACCAGUUUCGUGGAUUUGACUCGCUUUCAAUUUAUCACGCUGCCCUGGUAUUGUGGGUUUAUGGGGUGUUGCAGUGUGGUGAGAGCCGGCGGUUGGAAAUCGGAACGCCUGUGAGCGAGGGAGGUCAGCAAAUCCCCCCCCGGCGAUUACAUUGGAUGGGGAUGGAGAUGGGAAUGGGGAGGAGAGUCAAUUGGUUAAGGUUUUCCUGGCGAGGGGGGGUUGGUAGACCUGGGCUCACGAUGUUUCAUCCAAGAGGUGCGAAUGAUGCUGAUGUCAAGGUCUUUUGUGAGUUGACCAAGCCGCGCUCAGUUAUGGCGGUUGCGAGGCAAGUGUUUGAAGGUAACUGUCCGCUGCCUCUUCCUGAUGAUAUCCUUCCCCCUAUGAUUCAGAAUCUUUGCGCGCUUAUCGAGGAUUUGGGAAAUCUCCCUUAA